GUAGGAAAUGAGGGGGGACUCCGUGGGAAGCGGCUCCUGAAGUUGUUGCCACGUCGGAAUAGUUGUUGAAUGUGGCUAAUUCAUUCUGAAGAUAACACGGAAUACAUUUCAGGAGGGCAUCUGGUUUAACAGCAGUCAUGGUUUCUGUUAUUAACACUGUGGACACCUCCCACGAGGACAUGAUCCACGAUGCCCAGAUGGACUACUACGGGACUCGACUGGCCACCUGUUCCUCUGAUCGCACCGUCAAGAUCUUUGACGUCAGGAACGGAGGGCAGAUUCUGGUGGCAGACCUAAGAGGCCAUGAGGGCCCUGUGUGGCAGGUAGCGUGGGCUCACCCAAUGUUUGGCAACAUCCUGGCUUCGUGUUCCUAUGACCGCAAGGUCAUCAUCUGGAAGGAGGAAAACGGAGCCUGGGACAAGAUGUACGAGUACACCGGGCACGAGUCGUCAGUGAACUCUGUCUGCUGGGGUCCAUAUGACUUUGGUCUAAUUCUGGCCUGUGGCAGCUCGGACGGAGCAAUUUCCCUCCUCACAUUUACUGGAGAUCAGCAGUGGGAUGUCAAGAAAAUCAGCAAUGCACACACUAUUGGAUGUAACGCGGUGAGUUGGGCUCCUGCUGUAGUUCCAGGAAGCCUGAUUGAUCAGCCGUCGGGACAGAAACCAAACUACGUCAAACGCUUCGUCUCCGGAGGCUGUGACAACCUGGUCAAACUCUGGAAGGAGGAAGACGGUCAGUGGAAGGAGGACCAGAAGCUGGAGGCUCACAGCGACUGGGUGAGAGACGUCGGCUGGGCUCCUUCCAUUGGUCUUCCUACCAGCACCAUUGCCAGCUGCUCUCAGGACGGUCGCGUGUUCAUCUGGACGUGUGAUGACCCUGCAGGAAACACCUGGACGGCCAAACUGCUCCACAAGUUCAACGACGUGGUUUGGCACGUCAGCUGGUCUAUCACUGGGAAUAUACUGGCUGUUUCUGGAGGAGACAACAAGGUGACGCUGUGGAAGGAGUCGAUGGACGGUCAGUGGGCGUGUAUCAGUGACGUCAGUAAAGGCCAGGGCGCCGUCUCCACCAUCACAGACACGCAGCAGAACGAGCAGUGACGCACACGGCACACUGACCCUCGACCCCACCUCGAUUAAUUAAUGCAGCAUGCUGGACAUUUGGACAACAGGACACCGUCCACAGUGAUGGAAGGUGGUCUGUACUCAGGCCUGUAACACACCAGGAUUAAUAUUUCUAAAUUUCAUCCGAGGGCAGAGAAACUUUCCCAGUUCAAAGACGGAGGUUCAGCUUUUGCUUGUUUUUUCUCUUUUUUGUUGUUGAUUGAAAAAACACGACUGAUAAUUAGUGUUAUCAGAAGCACUCCACCAUUACUGUCUUAGUUUCCUCCCAGUUCACAAUAUUGAUGAAUGCUGCUCCAGGUGAAUCUGCUACGCUCACAUGCCAAAACAUUAAGUACACUAGUGAAUCCAUUUUACUGUAACAGCCCUGCACUAAAUCUUAGCUUCAUGACUUUUCUAAUGUUCAGUUCAGGCUGAAACAGUGUCAAAAUAUUAGGAACAUGUCAAUUCAGCAGUUAAAAAAACAUGCUGAAUCAACAGCUCUCUCAUUUAUUUUAAACUAACACUGAACAUCAUAAACUUCGGGACUGUUGAAUGCAUUCACUAGUGUACCUGAAACAUUCCUCCUCCACCUGGACGACCACAAUGAUCUCCUAAAGCCCUUCAACUUUAAACUUGUGUUUGAUUAAAACUUGUGUUUUAAUCAGCGAAUUUCUUCACAUCGGCCUAUUAAUGAACCGUCACGGUCCCAGACCGAAAAAAUGACGGCCCGGCUUUAAAUUUAAACUUAAUAAAUGGUUUAUUCAGUGAGCUAUUGACAAGUACACUCAGAUCCUCCCCUAAAGGUCCUAUGGCAACCAGGCGUGAAUAAGUCCUCUUGUUGUCUAGACAACCAUACAUGCAGAUGAUGAUUUUAAGUUUUUGAUGGUCUUUGUUUCCUCCCGAUGCAAAAUCAAAAACCAUGGAUGUGUUUUUCAUAUUUGAUGUAAUAAAAUAAUUAAUGUUAAAACA